AUGGACUAUGAUUCACCCUUGGACUAUGAUUCACCCUUCCUGGACUAUGGUUCACCCUUGCUGGACGAUCCGUUGUUUUGGAUGGUGUGGGGAUGGGCCAUCCUAACCACGAUCAAGGGUAUUUGGUACUUGGAUACUACAUACACAGCUAUUUUUCCGUUUUCCCCUUCCCGUUUUUCUCGUUUUUCUCUCCCCUCUUUCUGCCUUUGUAUUCCUUUGCUCCUGUUCUCCUGCUACCUCUCUCUCUCUUUGUCUGCGAGGUCGCGUGUCAACACUUGGUCAACACGUCGCGGCGCCCUCCUUUGUAUUUUCUUCUUCUUCCCUGAUCGCGUCUGCCCCUGUUCGGGUCGGCGCUUCCCAUGGGCUAUGUUGGGGGGUUCAAAAUUGCUUCUCGCUGUCUACUAUGGCCAAAUUACUAGUAGCGCACUGAGGUCAACCACUUGCUCUUCUAAAACGGCAUUGCUAGGAGUUUUCAAAAUUCUUGAGGCAACGUGUGGGCGCACAACCGCGCCACAGAACGGCGCCUACAAUGGCAACCCCACAGUUGGAGUUAAGAUUCUCCGAGUUUGCGAGAUGGGAAGGAUUUGUACAGAUGUGGUUCCAUCUAACAUCUGCGCCGUUGGCGGAGGGAAAGAGUACCUGGCGCUGGUCAUGCACAUGCGUGAAUAUGGGGGAGAGAAGAGGAAUUUUGAAACGGGGCUUACCAUCAUGGAUGGGUUGAUAGACCAGGUUUGGUCUACUGUGUAUAUACCGUCCUGCCCGAGGUGCUACACGACGGCCGUCAUGGCAAGUAGUGUCCGACAGCGAUAUGAAAGCGAAGAGGAGGGCAGAAAAAUUUCAGGCUCGUCAUUAUUCGGCGAGAGACCGUACAUCUGGCCCAUGACGAAACAAAAAUUCAAAUCAGUGCACAAGGCACAUGAUAGGAAGGCGAGGAAGGCGAGUUUGCAAUGGACUCAUCUGCACCCUUGUCAUUGUGGUGCUAGCGGUCAUCCAAGGACCUCUGUUUCACUCAAAAAACCAGCUCGUCCGCGAGGUACCUUACCGUUGAAGAACCUUAGUCAGCUUCUUCGUUACAAUCCAGACAUCGGACUCUACGUCCGGAAGCUCAAGCUGCAGCUCAAUGAGCGCCUUGACAAGCUUGACCGUUGGGAUCCAAGCGAGCCGAACGCUUAUGCCCAUAAUAUCCUGGCUCUUUCACAGGUGAAAUUCCUGCAAAGCUUGCAGAUUGUGCGGGUUCAAGGUCAUAACGGCCUUGGUUCCUUAAAAGUGCAGAAGGACCCCUUGAUCACUUCAAAGUUCCAUCGCAUCCGACCCCCCAACUCCCGAUGCCACCCCACCAUUAGACUUGACAAGCUCAAGACGUUGGCCGUCGACUCCUCCUACACACGAAAGGCUCAAGCCAUCAAGGAUAUAUUCAUGGAGGCAAGCGAGGUGGAAACACUCGUUUACAAGGCAAGCCCGCCGGAGGGUUGUCGCGGUUUGGCGGGGUGGAUCAACGUCGGCGCCUUUUCGACGCUGACGACUUUGAAGGUGAUCUUCGAGGUUAUGCGGUCCACCUCAGAAGUCCAUCUGCAAGGUUUGUGCCACGAGCUCGACCUGUUCCCUCGCAACAAUGUUCUAGAGGUUCUAGACAUUGAACUGAUUUUGGUUAUCAUCCCGAGCCUUCAAUCCGCUCGAGAGGAGCAAUGGGGACAGCUGGACCGUGUGUUGUCUCGUGGCUUUUCGUGUCUGCGGAGGGUCGCGGUCGCUAUUGAUCUUCGCAACGCGAUGGGUGUGCCGGAGAUUGGGCAGAUGCAGCAGUUUGAGAUAUCUCGAACACAUUUUCCUUGCCUGAGGGAGAAUGCAGCUGUCGAGUUCGAUUUUUCGAGGAGAAGUAAGUGA